AUGUUGUACAUGCCAAAUCUGUACGCCGCGGGUCGUAUCAAUCCGUGUAUAAGUAUUGCCGAACAGCUGAUAGCCAGCGGACACCGGGCGCUGUUUGUGGUGAACGCCGAGUGGUCGGGCCGUCUGACCCCAUAUGGCAUCGAAGAGGUACUGUUGGCCGCAACGGACGAACCGGUCGGCCGUGCGAUGAAUGCGACCGAAACGGCCAAAACUUUGAUGGCUUGGGGUUGGGUUAGCGGCAACUCUCCCCUACAGAAAGAGCGACUCCAUAGACGAAGUGAGCUAUGGAUGACUUAUCCCAAGUAUUUAGACCGACAACUGGACGCUCUAUUGCCCGAUAUUCAGCCCGAUGUCAUAGUAUUGGAUACUUUCGGGAAAGUGCCCGCAAUCGAGUUGUAUGGCGCGCCGUGUGUCAAGUCAUGGGGUGAGGCACCUCUGGCCAUGAUUGACGAUGAUAGGGCACCGCCACCAUGUUCAGGACUGUCCGCUACGGGAGACCAGAGCUUAUGGCAAGAUCGGCCGGGCUGCGAACCACUGCCCGAAUACACUUUCCAUAAUCACUCCCGUUAUCUUCAUAUAUACGGCUAUCCCCUUGAGUUGGACUAUCAGGACAUCCGGCCGUUGGGACGCAAUUAUGUGCGUUUCGAUAACCUUAUGCGCGUCGAAAGGCACCUGACAUUCGCUGUACCGCCAGAGUUGGCCGCAAAGCCCGGAGCGUUAGUCUACUUCUCUAUGGGAACUAUCGCUUCGAUUGACGUGCAAAACAUGCGCCGAUUGGUCGCCAUUUUGGCCAAAUCUCCGCACCGUUUUAUCGUAUCGAUGGGUCCGUUGCAUAAGGAGUACACUCUGGCCGACAAUAUGUGGGGCGCGGCGUCUGUGCCGCAGAUCCGAGUCCUACCGCUCGUGGAUCUGGUGCUAACACACGGCGGCAAUAAUACUGUCUCCGAAAGUCUAUACUUCGGGCGACCGAUGAUAGCUAUGCCUGUAUUUGGCGAUCAAUACGAUAACGCGCAGCGCAUUCACGACAAAGGCUUUGGUCUACGACUGGACGCAUACAAGUGCUCAGAGGAGGAGUUGUUGGCGGCGAUCGAGACUCUGCUCAACGAUAAGACAAUGUCUGAACGCUUGGCCGAAGUUUCCCGAAGAAUACAAUCGGAUAAU